AUUGUACCUACCACUCACCGCAUAACAAGGUAUUCUUCGUUCAGCAAGACAACAGGGUUCUUCUCCGAACGAUCAUCUGACUCAAAACUCGUAAGAUUCCGGAAUUGAUUGUCUUUCCCUCUGCUCCACCAGAGAAUUAGAGAGGUUCUAUUUAGACUGUAAUGUCUUCAGAAAAGAGUAUAAUUGAUAUCAAGUCAUGGGAUGGUACCAUUUCAUUUGGAGAGUUCUAUGCCACCGCUUGUGCAUUUGCUGAGCAGUGGAAGAAGUUUAGCUCUGGUCUUCCUCAAUGGUCAUGGGUGAAAUGUCCAAAGCCUCAUGGGGUUCCUGCCACCAGUGUAGAAGGAUAUCUAUGCAUGGAUGGUGCAAUUCUUCCCAGGUCUACAAUGGAAGAUAAUCAUGAAUGUGGUGAUGGUGGAGUAGAAGAGAUGGUUUGCUUGGCGGAAGAGGAGUUAAUUGAUAGUGCUGUAUUGGUUCAACAGCACAAGCAUGAAAGGUGCCACUAUGACUUCCAUGUUGUGUACAGCUUAUCUUAUAGGGUUCCUGUGCUAUACUUCCGUGCAUAUUGGAGUGAUGGACAACCUUUGGCAUUGGGUGAUGUGGAAAAUGACAUCCCUGCAAGCACACUACGAGAGCUAAACGUAUCCAAAUGGACCUUUAUAACUCAGGAGGAGCACCCAUACUUGAAUCGACCAUGGUUCACCUUACAUCCAUGCGGGACUAGUGAGUGGAUGAAGCUUCUAUUUACUAGCGACGCCUCUGCAGUGGCGCUGGGCAGAGUGGCUGUCGACAGAUAUCUAGUGUCGUGGUUCUCAGUUGUUGCACAGGUUUUUGGUCUCAAACUUCCCUUUGAAAUGUUUAGCAACUCUUGUCAGCCAUAGUUAACUUCUGCCUAUACGCAUUUUCAAGCAUGUAUAUGGUUGUAUUGUAACAUCAUUUUUAUCGCAUUCUUGUUUAAACACAUCAAUACUAACACUAAUGAUGGCAGUUUCACUCAAGCUCAACCAGAAACAGGGACGGGACUUCAUGCCAUCCGGUUGACAUCCCCAAUUAACACGCAAAAUUAAUCCCUUGUAAAUAGGGGUGUGCAUAAUUCGGUGAAAUUGUUGCUAACCGAUUGAACCCUAAAUUUUGGUUAUUUUGUCCCAUCCUGUUGACAUUCUUAAUCAGCAUACCAAAUGAAUCCCUUGUAAAUAAAUGUGUGUAUAAUUCGGUGAAAAUGUAGUUAACUGAUCAAACCCAUAAUUUUGGUUAGUUAUUUGUGUCAUUCUGUUGACAUUCUUAAUCAACACACAUAAUGAAUGAUGAAUCCCUUGUAAA